AUGAGCGACCCGGAAAUUAUAUCUGCCUCUGCGCCGGUCGGGAGUCUUGGGGAUCGGAAAAGAACCGAGGUUAUCAAGGUGCAGAAUGAGGACGAGCUGCGGUUGGCCCAGAUGGGGCAUAAACAGGAGUUGGAGCGACAUUUCUCGCUUUGGAGUUUGAUUGGACUGGCGGCGAAUUGUACUAUUUCAUGGACUGGUCUCGGCUUGGGCUUAAUAACUGCAAUUAAUGCAGGCGGUCCCGGCGCCCUGAUAUAUGGCUUCAUCCUCGUUUUCAUCCUUCAAUCUUUCGUCGGCGCUUCACUCGCAGAAUUUGUAUCCGCAUACCCCACGGAAGGAGGAAUGUACCAUUGGAUUGCCGCCAUUGCUCCGAAACGAUAUAACAGCUUGCUCAGCUUUGCCACUGGGUGGUGCACUGUAUUCGGAUGGAUCUUUACAACUGCAUCGACCAAUUUGAUUUAUGCCACGGCGGCCAUGGCCCUAAUUGCCCUUUACCAUGAUGGACUGGUAGUUCAGCCAUGGAUGACCUUCGUCGCAUAUCAGAUCCUCAAUAUCGUGACUGCAGGCGUGGUAAUGUUCGGCAAUCGGUUUAUUCCUAUAAUCAAUAAGUUUUCAUUGGUCUACCUGCAAUUGGCCUGGUUUAUUACCAUGGUUGUCGUGGCCGCCAAAGCCCCGGUUCAUAAUGACAGCAAGUUCGUGUUUCGCACCUGGAUCAAUAACACUGGCUGGGACAACAACGUUAUCUGCUUUAUCACCGGAUUAGUCAAUCCAAUGUACUCACUUGGAGGUUUGGAUGGGAUUUCGCACAUCACAGAAGAAAUGCCCAAUCCCGGGAGGAAUGCCCCUUUGGGUCUAGCUAUCACCCUGUCAAUUGCGUUCGUGACCGGCCUAUCAUAUCUGCUCAGCCUGAUGUUUUCAGUCCAAGACUAUGGCAGCUUGGCUGACACGCAUACUGGACUUCCUCUUGCCGAGCUCUUCUGGCAGACAACCUCUACGAGAGGUGGAGCCUUCGGGCUGGUGUUCAUGGUGUGGGUUGCCCUUGGGCCCUGCGUCAUCGGUUCGCAGCUGAGUACUGGGCGAGUAUUCUGGGCCUUUGCCCGUGACGAAGGUCUUCCUUUGUCGAAGAUAUGGGCUCGGGUCAACCCUAAGCUGGGCUCGCCAUUCAAUGCCCAACUCUGUGUUGCCGUGAUUGUCGGACUUCUUGGAUGUAUAUAUUUGGGAUCUAGCACGGCGUUCAAUGCAAUGAUGAGCUCUGCGGUGACAAUCAACAACUUUGCCUACCUUGUGCCCAUUCUGACAAAUGUCCUCUUAUUCCGUCGGACCAUGCACCGUGGCCCAUUCUUCAUGGGUCAGACGGUUGGAAUGAGUGUGAACAUCAUCGCUGUGGCGUGGCUGGUGUUCGCCAUUGUAUUCUUCUCGUUCCCAUAUCAGAUGCCUGUGACUGUAUCAAAUAUGAACUAUACCUGUGUUGUUGUAGGCGGAUUCUUGACCAUUGAGCUUGCUUGGUGGCUUUUUGCUGGAAAGAGAUAUUCUGCGACUGUACAGCGAGCCAGGGAAGAAGGAACCAGUGAGACAGUAGUUAUUGCUGAUGGGAAAUCCGAUGAGUGA